UCGGAUGUUGUCUACCACAACGAAGAUUUCCGAAAAAUCCCGAAGAGGGUUCUUGAAGUCACGUGUUGUAAUCAUGCUGAUCAAGAGUCAAUCGCGGUGGCGUUAGGUCACGAACAAGAGUGGUGUGGAUUAAUUUAGCGAUUUGCUUUCCUUCUGUGUUCGAAGUAAUAUAUUGUCAUACUUGAGUCGUCGCUAAAAAAUGGCAUAAAAGAUUGGAACUCCUGUCACAACUGAUCUUUCGUUCGAUUUACGACAAAGUUCAUUGUGACCGCUUGGACAAGCUGACAGCUGAAUCCUCCCCUUACAUGCGAAAAUAUUUCACAAUAAGCCAUGAGCAACCUUGGCAAGAAGUCGAAAUGGAAUUUGUCGGUUUUCAUAACAAAUUUAAGCACCGAAAAGUCGGUAGAAGUGAAUGGAGAAACUCAUGUUGGCAAAUUGAUGCUGGACCUCGUUGAAGGGCUCGAUAUAGCAGCUGACUGGUCCGAUCAUGGUUUAUGGUGGCCUCAAAAACGACAAUGGCUUCUUAAACCUCGCUUGACUCUUGAUACCAUCGGAGUUCAGGGCGAUGCGGUUCUUCAGUUUACUCCAACGCAUAAAAAAGUUCGAGUUCAGUUACCUGACUUGCAGUACGUUGAAGUCUCCUUAGACUUUUCCAAGCCUAUUUUUCACGCUGUGCAAGAACUUUGUGCCGAACUUGGAAUCAGGCAUCCCGAAGAACUCUCUUUGUUGAAACCGUACGAAGGUUUGAGAAAAGAGGGCCGGAGAAGCUUUCGUGGUAAAUUAAAGAAAAGGCAUUCGCAGUCUUCGCUUAGUUCGGACGACAAUUUAUCUACUAAUAGCGACGACAAAACGAGAGGAAGCAAGGAUAGUUUAACAGUUCCGAAUUAUAAUUCGCUUCCCAGGCAUGGCUACUCUUCACCGAAUGGCACCCUUAGCCCGUCACCACCGGGGUCGGCUGGUUAUUCAAGUUUUACGUCUGAUGGGCCUUGUGCAACGAUCGAAUCAACAUCUUUAGUUAACAGCCCAGUGUCUCCAUCAAUGGAAGCUAUUGGAGCGUUAUUCAAACCCAAAACGCUACAAGAAAAAGCAGUUGUCAACAAAGGAUGGAUGGACUCUUCACGAUCUUUAAUGGCACAGGAUGUGGCAGAAUUUUCCACCCUCCUGUUGAGAUAUAAGUACUAUGCAUUUUUUGACUUAAACCCAAAGGUUGAUGAAGUGAGAAUCAAUCAACUGUAUGAACAAGCCAAAUGGUCAAUCCUGACUGAGGAAGUAGAAUGUACCGAGGAAGAGAUGAUGACGUUUGCUGCCAUACAGUUUCAGGUGAAGUUAACCUCGACUUCACCACAGAACCAACCAACUAGUGAUGAUGACAAUGAUGACAUAGAUGCAGCACUCAAUGAUUUACAGGCAACCCUCGAAGGCUCAUCUCUCACCACUCAAGGGCACCAAAAGCAGAGUCUGACAUCAGUUCCAGAAAUAAAAGAUUAUCUUCAUUUGGUGAAACAUAAAACAUUUGGUUCAAAGAAAAAGAAGUACUGGUUUGUCUUCAAAGACACCAUCUUGUCACUGUUUAAAUCUCAAGAGGAAGCUUUUGGUCAACCAUCUCAAAAAUUUAACCUGAGAGGUUGUGAGAUCACUCCAGAUGUUAAUGUUAACAAAGAGAAAUUUAACAUCAAAAUUAAGCUCCAAGAAUCAGACGAUAUUGAAAUCUGCUGCUCGUGUGAAUCCCAGUAUUCCAAAUGGAUGGCAGCUUGUCGUCUGGCAUCCAAGGGGAAGACUAUGGCAGAUGCUGGGUAUGAUGCAGAGGUCUCUGGUAUCCAGGCCUUCCUCAGCAUGCAGCAUGAAAAGGGGGAUGCCACACCCCUUAGUCCUGGACAAGGCCAAGAAUGUUGAAAAAGUACAAAGCAAAGCAGAUCGCUGCUCGUAUCCUUGAAGCGCAUUCUUCUUUGAACAAAAGCUCUCUGGUUGAGUCUAAAAUGCUGUAUGUAAGACAAUGGCAGGCAUUGCCAGAAUUUGGUCUCUCUCAUUUUGUCGUUAAAUUCCGCGGCUCAAAGAAAGAGGAAAUCCUUGGAAUCGCAUUUAACAGAAUUAUGCGAAUCGACCCGACGAGCCGUGAAGCGAUAAAAACCUGGAGAUACAGUGUGAUGAAAGCUUGGAACGUGAACUGGGAAACCAGGGAAAUGGUUGUUCAGUGUGAAGGGGAGACCAUCACAUUCGCUUGCACAAGUGCAGACAUUAAAGUCAUUCACGAAUUUAUUGGAGGUUACAUCUUCAUGUCAAUGAGAAAAGAUGUCAAUCAGCCAUCAAACGAGGAGCUGUUCUUUAAGCUGACCGGGGGUUGGGUCUAGUCUGCCUCAUUUUCGAGUCAUUUCUGUUUAUGGACAGUUGAAACAACUGACUAUGUUUCUCUGGGCUCUUGUAACCCAAAUCAUCUGGUUUUUGUUUGAAUUUUUGUGUCGCCGGGCAAAACCAUGUAUCUCUCUUCGUAUAGCAGAACGGAUCGUUUGAGGUAUAGAGCGUUUUUCGUUUGAGUGUCGUGAAACUGUAAUCAUGCCAAAGUAAUCUCAUUGGUCAGCCUGUAGAAAGGAAAUACUUCCGGGAGCCAAUGAGAACUAAAAGUAAAAACAACCAAACUGCCUAAAGCGCUGGAAAACGUGGCUAACCAAGUGGUAAUGGGUUUUAGUAUUGCAUCUGAUUGGUUGAGAGUGACGAAAGUGUUCUGGACCAAUCACAGAGCGAAGCAAUGCAAAACCAAUGCGAUCUCGUAUCGCUAUCAAUACUCAAUUGAAAAUUGCUCUAUCUUGUUAUUCUCUAUCUGGAGUUAAACAGCUUCGUGUUGUGUCAUCUGUCUGGUUGAUCUGGGAGCAACCCAUACCAUUCUACCCGUGAAUGGGUGGAGACAAUCAAAAACAGAGCGUAGUAUCUGUCCAUAAAAUAUCUCGGGAUGGACUCCGAUUGGACUGCAAUUGGAGAUGUCACACAUCCUUGAUGGUCACAACAAUGUUUUGACACUGGUCAAUAACAAGAUUAAACUGUAAUUAUAUUCCGUUAAUAUAUAGCAAUUAUCUUUAGUUUAUGUGUGUAUUAUAACGUCUAUCGCAAGUGGGUUGAUAUUAAGCGAACUGUUGUUUGUAGCAGAGCCCGUUUUUCAUGCAACUUCAGUGGGUACAUGCUGUAAAUGUGAAAAACUCUUCUCGUCUUCCACGGAUGAUUUAUUCCUAAGGUAUUAAUUCGGUUGCGUGUAUUAAUGUAAGAGUAAUUCAUCGCCUUGUUUUGGAGAGGUACCUUUAUUUUUUUACGUUACGUUUUUUUGAAUUUAAGAUUUAUUUUCGAUUUUGUCUAACUUAGAGAGGUCAUGAAUUCCCUCUAAAUGAAGAGGUCUGGUGAAAAAAAUGUUGCAGAAUUUGUAAUCAAUUUGUUACUUUAAAUAUGCAUUUAUCACCACCACAUAUAUUUUUUUACGUUACGUUUUUUUUUUUUUAUUAUUUAAGAUUUAUUUUCGAUUGUAUCUUGGUGAGAGAGGUAACCGAUAACAGCUAAAUGAAUGAUCUAGUGCAUGUCUUCUUUAAAGAUUAUUAUUAUUAUUAUUAUUAAGGGGUCUAGUGAACACAACGGUGCAGAAUUUGUAUUUGAUUUGUUUCUUUAAAUAUGCAUUUUUCACUAAUUUUGCCUCUGUUAUGUUAGGAGAGAAAGAAGAGUAACAGGAAAUCUUAGUAUCUAGUUCAAACGAUUGAUACUAAUAGCGUUUGACUUCCCUUUACAAAAGCAGUUCAUCAGUGCAAUCACUGAUAUGAUGUCAAGAACUGAGCGACAUGAUACCAUGUACAAAUUAAUUAUGAGUUAAAUAAAUACUAUACAGAAUAAAAACUACACAGAUUCAACACAAACGAA